AUGGCACUUGUUUCAGAUUCCUUGAUACUGAGAUGGAUAACACUGGAUAAUGCUCUUCCUCGGCAUCCUAGACUUGACAUUCCAGCACCUGAUCACAAGGAUUUUGGGAUUUUUCCAAAUUUAGCUACAAUCAGAACUGGAAAUCCUAGUAUUCAAGUAUCACAAAAAAGUUCAGAAAGUUCUAAUGCUUCUUCAGCUUCAAUUCCAUCUUCUCCUUCUUCCAUCUCCAGUCAACCACUUUCUCAGAGGAAAUUGUUGGCAGAAUCCCAAACAGGAAAGUCUGGUUUUCAGAAGCUUUUAGAGCCACAACUCCCUCAACUUCCUGGAAUUUCUCCUGAUAGAGUUGUCUUGGGAAAUGUAAAGGUUAAGCUCGGGAGAAGUCGUAGACGAUUAUAA